CUCUCCCCCCCCGGGCGCGGGGACUAUGGGUAGGAAGCGCGGCUUCGCGGAGGAGGCGCCGGCGGACAGCAAGAUGGCGGCGGGCUGCUGCGGAGUGAAGAAGCAGAAGCUGUCGAGCUGCUCCUCGUCGUCCACCUCGUCGUCGUCCUCCUCCUCCGCCAACGCCAACGCCAACGCCGCCAGCGCCGCCAACACGGGCGACAACCACUGCAAGGAGGCGGGCCGCGCCAACGGCUGCCUCGGCCCCGGCGGCAGGAGCAUGGUGGUCAACGCCGAGAUGUGCUGCUUCUGCUUCGACGUCCUCUACUGCCAUCUGUACGGAUACCAGCCUCCCCGCAGUCCCCGCUUCACCAACGACCCCUACCCAUUAUUUGUGACGUGGAAGAUUGGCCGUGAUAAACGGUUGCGAGGAUGCAUAGGUACAUUUUCAGCCAUGAACUUGCAUUCAGGACUCAGGGAGUACACGCUUACCAGUGCCCUUAAAGACAGUCGCUUUCCCCCAAUGACGAGGGAAGAGUUACCGCGACUUUUUUGCUCCGUGUCUCUUCUUACCAAUUUUGAAGAUGUUGGGGAUUACUUAGAUUGGGAGGUGGGUGUACAUGGCAUUAGAAUAGAAUUCAUCAAUGAAAAAGGAUCAAAACGCACGGCCACAUACCUGCCGGAGGUUGCGAAGGAGCAAGGUUGGGACCACAUUCAAACCAUAGAUUCCUUGUUACGAAAGGGUGGCUACAAAGCUCCCAUCUCUAAUGAUUUCAGGAAGACCAUUAAACUGACCAGGUACCACAGUGAAAAGAUGACACUGAGUUACUCGGAGUAUCUUGCACACCGUCAGCACCACCACUACCAGAAUGGCACUGCACACCCUCUACCACCAUACAACCAUUAUUCCUGACAAAGACUUGCAUGACCAGUCACUCGACCUAUCAACUGACCUCUUCCCCGGGGACCCUUCCCCUUCCUGGUCUAGCUAUCUCUACUACUGUACCAUUUUAUGAUGGCAGUUUCCGUUGCCAUCGUGACACGACGUGGCUGCUUUGUUGACGUCAACUUGGCAACGGGUGGAGAUCAAGAAUCAUUGUAUUUUCGUUCAAAACACUUUUUUUACAAAGAGAAAAAUUUUUCCAAUGAAAUCGACACAAUUUUGCUUUUUUUUAAUGCAUUACCAAAAUUUCUUAAAUCUGUGGAUGAAUGGAAGGAGAAUUGAGAUAAUUAUUAGCUAGUCUGUUCUGGGCUCCCAAAUGUACAAGAACAGGACUUUUCAGGUUUGUUCCUUGUGUUCUUGGGCCACAUUAUUUCCUCGUUAAAUAGGUAGAACCCCGUAAGGCAGUUUUCUUUAAAGUCAAUCCAGGUGCUCUAAAGUUUAAACAAAAAUAAUCUUCACAGCAUUGGAUGGAGGAACUCAGCGGGGCAGGCAGCAUCUCUGGAGAGAAGGAAUGGGUGACGUUUCAGGUCGAGACCCUUCCACAGACUCAACACUGAGUCAUCAACUGACUUACAGCACUGCUACUUUUGAUUUGUAUCAAAUUUAGUGUAUCAUUUAGUGUAAAAAAUAGCUUUAAACUUUUGUUGUUUCCCUCUUUGGUUUAAAAUGCAGCAGUCGGUGGCGAUUGACAAAGAGAUUGUUGCCCGUGCUGCUAAAUGCCUGCGAGACUCUCCGCUGCUUGUGCUUGUGCUCAGUUUUGGACUUUUUGGUUUUAUUGACCGACGGAUCCAUUGUGUGUGCUGAGUACAACUGGCGGCCAGUACUCUGUGUUUAACGCCAGUGACCAGAUUAAAUCCUCCUAGGUGUAAAAGAAGGGUCUAAAUUGAAUAACACAAAUAUCAUAUCGUAUAUAUGUGUAGACUAGUCAAGGUCAAAAUGUCCCACUAACUUACCCAUGGUGGAGUAUCUAUUGGGUACAUUUAUUUGCCAGAUGGAGAGUGAUGAUAAUAUGUCUCAUAUCCACUGACACUUGAUUACAACUAUUCCAGUUUCACUUCCCCUUGUGGGAAUUUUUUUCCUUUAAUAUAUCAUGGGGUUGGUGCAGAAUUAUUUGAUUUAAAAAAAAAAAUUUGAUAUCAAGAGUUGAGAUUGAGUACAAUUUGAUUUCCUGUUUAAAAGCGUGAUUACACAUCACUAGCAGAGCAUUGUGUGUGUGAGAGUUUUCUUGCCUUUUGUGUCUUUAUCUUGAGUGGGGUUUUUUCCUCCUCUCCUCCAGGGACAAAGAAAGAUGCCACGUGUUAAAUUAUUUUAUAGAAAAAAUGUCCCCCCCCACACACACAUGAUAAUUAUUUGUACAUUGGGUGGCCCCUUUAAAGUAACAUAUUUUGUUGUUUUAAAUCGCUGAAGGUAUUGCCUUGUUUUGGAACUGCUUGUGCUUGCAAGCAAAUGUACCCAAUAUAUACAGUUCAGUUUAGUUUAUUGUCACGUGUACCGAGGUACAGUGAAAAGCUUUAUACAUCUGAAAUAUCACUAAACUGAAUGUAUAAUCAGUCCAUGUUCAUUAGAUUAGGCAAAGCAGCAACCCUCAAAAUGUCAUUUCCCAGCUCAGUUUCUGACUGAAUUAGUGGAGAAAACAGACCUGAAUGGCUAUUGGGAAAAUAGAAACAUUGAUUGAGGUUAACCUUGUUCCAAUGAUCAGCCAAGCUGUGAUGAUUCUGUGGUUCUGGCGCAUGUAAUCUUUUGGUGAGACAAACCAGGCGGAUUUAAUUAUAGAUGAUUGACUAGCAAUUUUCUCUUUUUCAUUUUCCAAACUCCAGUGUGAUUGCAUUAGUCGGUGUGAGGGUUAGUAAUUAUAACAGAAUGGAGAGAAUUAAGACAAAGUGACUGGGCUAUCAUGGUGCUAUAUCUCAGGGAAGCAUUAAAAUGCAGUGUUUUAUGCAACCUGAACCUGCCAACACAUUUUGUAAAGAGAAUAAUUUGCUCAGGCACUUAUUGUCAGUGUUAGAAGUUUAAAUUAGCAGAGAUUAUUAUGUUAUCGCAGAUUUUCUGAUUACAACUAGCUUUUUUGGUAACCAGGUUUGACCGGAUGCAAAACACAAAACAGGAACAGUUAGUAACACUUUCCAUUUUUUGCAUUGCAUUUCCAGCUUUUGGACGAGCAGAUAUGGGGUUAUUUUAGAUGCCUGUUCUAAUUCCCCAACAGGUUACUACGUGAGUGAAAUUUCACAACAUGGUAUUACUUGCUAAGCCUUAUGUUUGUCUGCUUUCCUUUUAAGAAAAUAAUGAACUUGUAUCACUUCAGGGAAAAAGGGUGCAGACAACUAUCCAAAUUAAGACUUUAGAUCUGGCAUCAAUGGGCUAUUUGCUGGUUCCAAAGGACAUUUCUUUCUCGUCCUGAAAGAUUAUAGAUCCUGCUCGUAGCUAUCCUAGUCCUUAGAGCGCGAUUGAAACGAGUCAAAUUCAGGGCCACACGUGUAGGAAUUCCUUGCCUUUAAAAUUUUAGCCUUUGAUAUGACUACCUUUUUUGUUAAGAUCAUUAUUAUACUCAAUUGUAUAUCAGAGCCUUAAAUAAUGACUUUUCUGAAGAAUUUUUAAGAUCUGGCUUUACUGUUGAAGAUCAAAGACCCUAUCAUUUAAAUUUGAAUUUCACACAAGUGCUGGAGUAACUCAGUGGGUCAGAAAGCAUGUCUGGAGAACACCCAUGUCCUCCAGAGAUACUGCCUGACUCGCUGAAUUACUCCAGCACUCUCAGUCUUUUUUUGUUGUAAGCCAGCAUCUGCAAUUCCUUGUGUCAACAUUUGAUUUUUAUCUUGUGACUGUUGGGGGAUGGGGGAGGAAAUUCUUCUUUUUGAACCUCCCAAUAAGCAGUUUAAAGAGUAGGCAGACUCUGAGAGUGAGUGAUGAAGAUUUUUUUUUAAGACAUUGAGGUAAGAAUUCCGAGUGUUAAGUUGCAGUGUUAGAUGCCUCCUUCCAUUAGUCACAAUGAAAGAAGUUUUAAGAGUUGUGCAUUCACUGUAUCUCCAAAAGCAAUUGUUUAAAUUUCACUUGUGUUGCCUUAAUUUUGACACAAAUAGCACAAAACUGAACAAUCCUGUCGGCUGCCAAGUGGAAACUUAGUUUACUGGAUUUCUCUGAGCAUCAUGCCGAUCAUCGCGGCAUGUCUGUCCGUUUCCUCAGCUCGCCGCUAGUUGCGGGUAGUGGGGGGGCAGGAGGGGGGGGGGUGGGGGGGAAGAGAGGGGAAAAUGGUGCUAUAUGACUCUGAAUAGGUCACGUGACUGGUCAUGCUGACUUCUGAAAUCAUAUCAGAAUAAUCUUGAUAUAUGCAGAUAUUAUACAAAAUUUUAUUACCAGUGUAAUAAUGAUGAAAACAAAUAUAUAAAAUCCUGCAGCCUUGCUAGGACCCGGUCAGCAAUACUUCCCUGCAUGGCGUGGAGGAAUGGGACAUAUCUCGUCGUCUGUACCUAUAGAAGCAUGACAGUGUGUCCAUGCUGGUCAAUUUUGUUUCCUUUGAGAAAACGAAUAAACUGAAGCAUUUAAAUAUUUAAUAUUUUUACGGGGCUGUUACAUUAAAUGCCACCUCUUGAGACAUGUUCACUUUUAUAUACUGUUGUGCAGUAGAGGUUUUCAUUGUGUUUGUCGUCGUUCAGACUGAACCAAAGAUACCUCCAGCCAUGAACUAGCUGCUGUGAAUUAAGCCUGCUUUCCGGUCCUUCAAGGCAACCUACCGCAGGAGAUUUUAAUAAUUUGUUUUUUAUUUUUGUACAAUUUGUAACUUUUUUUUGCUAGUAGUAUUGAUUCAAUUAAGUUUAAUUUGAAGAUUCUCAUUGAGCACUGUUGAACAUUUGAUGACUGGUAACUUUUGUCAAACAGUGGCUAUAAUUGAAGACGUCUACUUGUGUGCCUCUCAGACCUAAGAGAUUCUUUAAUCUGUAUCUUAGAGACCAGCAGGAAAAAUCUUUAUACAAAGAUGUGUUUAAUUAUUUUUUUGCCAUUGUUGUUUGAUCUCUUGUUUCUUAAUUUUACUCCGGAUCCAGUUACUGCACUGGCUCACUGCACUGAGAGAGAGCGAGAGAGUUGUUUCAGACUUUUCCAACACAUGUAUGACAGAUUUUUGUACAUUGAAGUCGAUUCUUUUCAGAAUUUUUGGAUCUAGUUUCUAAGUUAUUUUAGUGGGGGUUUUUUUUUUUAUACGUUGAAGAUAAAAUGAGUUAACACUGUCGCCAGCAGACUGAUUCACCUACUGGUGCAGAGAUGCGCGGGAGGGAGGGGGGGAGGGAGGGAAGGGGGAAAUAAAGACUACCUGGUGUAGUCUGUGCCCCCCAAAAAAAUGCUUUCAUUUUGUUAGUAAUUGUUGAAUAAUGGCACCACAGUAUACGUGACGAACUCCCUUUCAUUAUGACUAGAUCCAUUUCCACAUUUAAAAAAAAAAUUGCGAUUACUAUUAGUGUUAUGAUUGUUGAAAUGGGCAUUUAUAGUACGGCCAAUGUGUCGGGAGGGGGGAACUUUAUUAUAAGAUGAUCAAUGGGUCAGUGAGACAUGGAUUGUGGGACAAUGUAGUAGUUUUAACACUAUUGUUACAUUUUAUACCAUUUACCCAGUAAAAUAUUCAUUAAUUCGUCUCAUGUUGGUACACAGGAUGAAAUGAGUGUGUUUCGUGUGCCUAGGUAUAUUAUGCUAGUUAUGGACAGAUUCAAGAAAAAAAUCUCACAUUAUCGUGGGUUUUAGAAAUGCAAUUUUCUUUUUUUUUCCUUUGAUGGAAUGGAAUUUAUUUUUAAAUGUUAAAACAACAGGUGAUGGUGGAGGUAGCAGGCAUUGAACUGAUCUCCACUCCACAGUUGGGAAGAGAUCCCACUUCUUCACAACGUGUGAACAAUGCUGGUGGAUGUAAUGGACUUUCAGCAAAGGGAGGCUGCUCACCGAUACUCUGAAGUGAAUCCAUCUACAAUCACAAAAACCUGAAUUCCAGGAUCAACACCAAUCUACAGUGAACUUUUCUAAACUCGAGAUUAUUGGACGGGCGAGGGAGGGGAUGAAUCUAUAAUGGUAUUUAGUGAAAUAUGUGGGGCAUUUCCCUCACAAUGUUUUUUUUAUCAAUAAAAUGCCAAUAAAACCA